AUGUUCGAAGCGAAGGUUCGGGCACGCAACCAAAAGGCGAAGGCGACGGAUGCGGCGCUCGCAUCGGUGAGCAGCAAGAGCGCGGUGGGAGAGAAGGCGAAGAAGCGCGGGCGCAUGGACGAAUUCUCUGGCGAGGGUGGCGUGGCGGCAAAGAAGGCGGCCGACGAAUCGAUUGUCCUCUACCUCGCGGGGACGCGCACAUCGGAGCGCCAGUGCGAGCACCCGCUCUUCCUCAACAUGUUGCGCCCCGUCGCCGCCGCCGGCCAGGGAUAUGUUCCCCCCAAGCGGCACUACGUCGGAGGCGCCGGCCUGCAAGACUGCAAGCAGCGGAUCGAGAAGGCGUUGUCGCCCGUUACGAAGUCGUGGAGGGAGACGGGCGUGACGAUCUCCAGCGACAUGAUGCAGGACAAGAGCGGCCGCGCGCAGAUGAACGUCAUACGCAUCAACGACACUGGAGCUGUCUUCGUUGAGGCGGUUGACUGCAAGGCUGCGACGAAGAGUGGCACGUUCAUCGCUGGCGUCGUGCGGCCGAUCAUCGAGCGCAUCGGGGCCGAGCACGUCGUCGCGCUGUGCACGGACGGCGGCAGCAACUACAAAGCUGCUGGCAGGCUGCUGCAGAAGGAGUGGCCGCAUCUCGACCUCGUUCCCUGCGCCACGCACGUGAUGGAUCUGCUGAUGGAGGACAUCGGCAAGAUGGACUGGGCGCAGGUGAUCGUGACUCAGGCCGACAAUAUCAUCAACUUCGUGUGCGGUCACCAGUGGACGGCGAGAAGAAAUCGCUGCGGGGCCCUGCGCCCGGCAGGCACGCGCUUUGGAACGCAGUACAUCGCAGUGUCUCGUCUGCGCGACAUUCGCCCCCAGCUGCAGGCGAUGGUGGCGCACAAGGACUGGGCGGAGAAGGGGGGGGACACGCUGACGGGAUCGGAUUUCGAGGGGUGGGUGAGCGACUCGGCGUGGUGGAAGAAGGUGGACUUCUUCGUGCAGCUGAUGGAGGUGUUCUACAUCGUGAUGCGGAGGACGGAUUCAGCGGCGAAGGGGAUGAUGGGUCAGCUUUACGACAUCAUGCUGCAGCUGACAGAGGAGUUGGAUAAGCUGCUGGAUGGGAGGGAGUGCAAGCUGAGCAGGGUGGAUAAGGAGAAGGUGAGGGAGCAUUUGAGGAGGCGUUGGGACGAGAGCCUGGCAUGCCCCCUCCACGUGGCAGACCGGAUCUUGAACCCGGCCAACCAGGAGGAGGGGAUCUUUCUGCAGGACCUGGAGUGCACCAAGGUCAUGCAGGAGUGGCUGGAGCGCCAGCAGGUCUUCGUAGACACGUACUGGGGGAAGGCCCGCGGCAAGAAGGGGCCGGUGCGGCCGCUGCACGAGGCGGUGACGGCCUACAUCAACGGCGAUGGGAAGUUCGGCUCUGAUACCGCGAUCAAGGGGCGUAAGGAGAUUCAGCUGGGGAAGGGGAACGUGAUGCUGUGGUGGCAGUACAAUGGAUGGGAGUACCUUGACCUGGCGCGUCUUGCGCGCCGCACGCUUUCCCAGACGAACCGGCUCGGGUCGGAGAAGGUCCGCGACCUUGUGUACAUCGCGCACAACUGGAAUGUUGUGCGCGAUGUCCACAAGGGUGCGGAUGACGCAGGGCCUAGUGUGGUGGGAAGGAAGGGGGGGGUGGUGGAGGGGAACAUUACCCCCCCUCCCCUCCCCGAGGGGUACAAAUUGGAGGAGGAUGGGGAGGUGGAGGCGGAUGAGGACGACGUGUGCAUCGAUGAGUGGGAGGGGCAGGAGGAGGAGGAGGACGAGGCGGAGGAGGAGGACGAGGCGGAGGAGGAGGAGUAG